GGACACCUUGGGGAAGUGUGAUCUAUCUCGGUGUAGUAGCCUAGCAGCCGGUCUGACCUUCACUAAUUGUAGGUUUUGCCAAGCUAAUGAGUAAACACGAAUGCGGACUCGAAAACAGAAUACAUUUUGGCAUUCUGCGAAACGGACGAUGACUCAGUCUCCGAUCCGAUCCAAUAUAUAUGUAUAUACAGCCGGAGAGACGAUUCCACCACUAGUGCAGGUAUUUCUCCAUGUGUGUGCGUUGAAGAUAGCUUUGCAGGCCUUACUACAGUGCUUCACUCGGAUACACACAGAGUUUACACCUUUUAACAGCUGCAGUAGUCCUUCCUAAUCCUACAUUCACAGUGCAGAUGCUGGCAGCAACUCAUUGCCUGAUGUUAGUUUCCCUUCCCUAGCUAAGCAGACCAUAGAGGUUGGGAGUUCUUCUGUUUCUGAAUCUCAAUUCUCCUACGGAUUUAUGUUCAGAUAAUUAGGCGCAUACUGGCUACAUCAUAAGUUGACAUGGACAUGGACGCCAAGAAGCCUUAUGCAGUAGCAGUGAUCAUACAAGUCAUAUACACGGGAAUGUUUGUAAUCCUCAAGGCCGCCUUCAAUCAGGGGUUCAAUACCUUUGUGUUCACCUUCUACAGCCAGGCAGCUGCAUGUCUCCUGCUGCUUCCUGUUGCACUUCUUCGUGAAAGGAGAAAUGUGAAGUCCAUGUCGUUUAGGUUGCUGUCAAAGCUUUUCUUAUGUGCCUUAAUUGGAAAUACGUUUAGCAUAAAUGUUUUGAAUGUAGCACUCAGGUACACAUCAGCAACCGUCCAAUCAGCAAUAAGCAAUGCCAAACCUGUUGCUACCUUCUGCUUGGCCUUGCUAUUAAGGAUGGAGGUGGUAAAGCUGAGGAGCCAGCAUGGCAUAGCCAAGGUGACUGGCGUUGCCCUGUGCCUUGCCGGAGUUUUCGUCAUCGCCUUCUUUACCGGGCCGGCCUUAAGCCCUGUAAACCAUCACCGGGCAUUCCACAACACCGGUUUCGCUUCAUCCCAUCCGAGGAGUCGGGAGACAUGGAUCAAAGGGACGUUCCUGAAGCUCCUCGGCGACACGGCAUGGUCUCUGUGGAUCAUCUUUCAGGCAGCGCUGGUGAAGGAGUACCCGAACAAGAUGCUUGUGACUGUGACACAGGGCGUCUUCAGCACACUGCAGUGUUUCGUUGUGGCAGCCGUGGCCGAGCGCGACAUGUCCAAGUGGAAGCUUGGGCUAGACAUGAGCCUGCUCGCCGUCGUAUACAAUGGAUUUGUAGUUAAUGGGGUGUGCUUCUACCUGCAAGUAUGGUGCAUGGAGAUGAAGGGUCCCGUCUUCCUUGCUAUCUGGUUCCCACUUUGCUUGCUCCUCACAAUGUUCUCCUCCUCCUUCUUUCUUGGGGAGAUUAUUCACCUUGGAAGCAUUUUGGGCGGAAUCCUUCUGACCGGAGGACUUUACAGUGUUCUGUGGGCUAAAAGCAAGGAGAACAUGACUGAACCAUGCAGUGAAGCGAAUGCAACGGACAGCGCUCAAGACGCGAAAGAAGAGAAGACGCCUGAUGAGGAGAAUCUAAAUAACUGUAAGGGAGAGAACGCAGAGAAAGUAUCAUCAGAUUAUGCUGUUGAACGAGUGUGAUCGAUUGCAUCA